GAGAGGGAGGUUAUCAAGCUGACUUAAAUAAAUUAAUUCCUCUGGACACAGGGGAGACAAAGAGACUGAUGUCACUAUGAGGAAGUGAGCAGGAAGUUGAUGCUGUAUUCAUCUCUGAGUAGCAAGAACAGAGACUGAGAGAGACAGAGAAGCACGAUGGCUGCAUUCACAUGGAUUCAAAUGUCUUCAUUACUGAUACUGAUGCUUCAGUUUAAAGGAACAACUGAGCAACAUCAAACUGAUCAAACUGUCACAGCUGGACGUGGACAUGAUGUUACUCUGCCUUGUAAAAAUGUGAUACAAGGUCAGCAUAACUGUAUCAGUACUACCUGGCUCUUCAGUGAUUCAAGCAGCACAGUAUCAAUCUUUGAAUUUGGGCAGAAUAAAGAAGCCAAACGUAAAUCAGACAGACUGAGUGUUUCUGCAGACUGUUCUCUGGUUAUAAAGAAGGUCACAGAUCAGGAUGUUGGUCGUUACACCUGCAGACAGUUCAAAACAAGAGGAGGAUCACAAGAAGGUCCAGACUUUAUUAUUGAUCUGUCUGUUAUUAACAGUGAAGAUGUGAAAACAACUAAAUCGACAACAGUGAAGUCCACCACAAAAACAUCAUCAACAACGUCAGAAGGGACAUCAAAUAAUCCAUCAGUAGUUCAGUCAUGGUUUAUCAUCGUUCCUGUGGGUUUAGCAGCACUGUUAGUUGUUGUGGUGAUCAUCAUAUGGAAGAAAACUAAAGAAAACAAAACCCAACAGAGUGACAACACUGCUGAAGCCGAUGAUGAAGUUUCCUACGCCUCCAUCAGCUUCACAAAGAAAACCAAGAGUAAAGACCGGCCUCGCGUUGAUGAUGAUGGUGAGACUAUGACCUACAGCACUGUGAAGACUUUCUCUCCACCUGCUGGAGUUUCCACUGAUUCCAGCGACCUCUAUUCCACCAUCAACAAACCAAAGACAUAGUAUGUUGGUCAUGAAAGGCUGCAUGUUGUUUUUCUUGAUGCUGCAUCAAUGUUUCAAUUGUAAAUUUCUUUACAUUUUUCAAAUUAAAAUGUAAUAUUUGUGUGUAAUAUAUAGGUAAGCACUUUUUUGAAAGCUUAACUCAAGUCAGUACAGACAAGGUAGUUUAUUUAGCUUCUGAAUUAAGUCAUGUGAGAUGUUUUUAAGUAAACAACUUACAUGUUGUUUUCUUAAGCACAUUAGUAGAUCUAAAUCUUUCCAUUCCUUAAUUUUAAAUUUUUUUUAAUGCCUUAAACAUAUUCUCAUCAUCAUCUAUGACAGUAUUACAUUACACACCAAGCACGAUAGGUUGUUGCGAAAAAGUCAUAAUAAAAAAUGCAAUGUGAA